UUAGAUACGGUUGCUAGGAACGGGGAUUGUGCUCCAACAAGAAGUGCAGACACGUAACAAAGCUAGCUAGUGCUAGCUAGCACUUCGCAAAUGUUAAUGUUAACAAACACUUUUCAGUUGUACUAAAUUGAAUCGCCGCCAAUAUGCAGACGAAAAAGGAAGUCAGAGACAGUACAUACACGUUUGCCAGUCGCCCUAGAGCUCUACAAAACCGAAGCAAGUACAGGGAGUCCGCAGCUGAAUCAAAUGACGGGGGUGGAAUCCACGUGAACAUCAUGUAUGACCGGCGGGUCGUCAGGGGCAACACAUAUGCGCAGAGCAUUCUGCCGGUGACGGCGCAGACAGAUCCGGUUGAGAUUCAGAAGCAGCAGGAGGCCAGGAGGAGAGCCAUCGCCCGCCGCAGGGCCAAGGCCCAGUUCCGCUCCCAGACACCGGAGGCAGUAGAGGGCAGGCAGCACAUGGAUGUUCAGACAGAGCUGUACCUGGAGGAGCUGAGCGACCUGGUGGAGGAGUCCAGUGUGGAAUGCCAGACAGACGCGUUCCUGGACAAACCGCCCAGCCCCCUCUUCGUCCCGGCCAAGACCGGCAGAGACGUGGCCACUCAGAUCGAGGAUGGAGAGCUGUUUGACUUUGACCUGGAGGUGCGCCCCCUGCUGGAGACGCUGGUGGGGAAGACGGUGGAGCAGUCUCUGCUGGAGGUGAUGGAGGAGGAGGAGCUGGCCAGCCUGCGGGCCCAGCAGCGAGCCUACGAGGAGCUGCACAACCUGGAGCUGGUGGAGGCGCAGAGGCUGGAGGAGAGGGAGCGGCGCCACCGCCAGGAGAAGGCGUUGAGGUCAGACAGGGCGAUGAGAGAGAGAGGCUGCACCAGCAGGCCACAGCAGAAGAGGAAGAGAGUAGGGUCUCUGUCAGAGCAGGAAGGGGAAGUGAUGUACGCGUUCGCUAAGGGCCAAUCAGAGCACUUCCUCAGAGGGCCGCGUUCAACGCUGUCGACAUCGCCCUGGCGACAGGAGCGCAGGCUGCGGCAGCAGAGGGAGGUGUUGCGGAAGGAGAGGGAGACGGUGGAGAAGAUGGCGGCUCGGGCCUUUGCUCAGCAGUACCUGGUGGACCUGCUCCCGUCCGUCUACACCACGCUGCGGGACCACGGGUUCUUCUACGACCCCGUGGAGAGAGACGUGGAGACUGGGUUCCUCCCCUGGGUGAUGACACAAGUAAACGGAAAUUUGGAGAAACGAUGCGUAGGGAGGGCUGUUCUGGACAUGCUCAUCCGCGACGUCACCCAGCGCAAGUCCCACCUCUUCCAGCAGAUGGCGCACAUGUCAUCCGAUCCCAGCUGAGCAAACCAACCACAGCCACCAGCCAGCCAUUUAAUAAACAGAUUUAUGAUUCUGG